GUGACAUCAAGAUCAAGAUCAAGGUAAACACUGUUGGCAAGGUUGAGUCGGCCGGCGCUGUUGCCCCACAACCUAAUUAGCCCCACAAAACACUCCAAAAAGAAGAAGAGUCGGGCGGUGAACACGGAAGGAACCUUGAAGAAGAAGAAGGCCCACUGAAAAACGGGUAAGAAAAUCGUGAAGAGCCGAGAAAAAACGGAAUCUAAUGUGAAGGCAGAAGACGGGCGACAACUCACAUUACAGGAGAGAUGGCUCUGUGCCGUGUGCUGGGCAGAGGCUGGGUCAGGUCAUCAAGCCGGGCGAGGACGCUCAGUCAGCUGACCCCCAAUGUCACCCCCGACGAGGCACCGAUGGAGGAGGAGGACCUGAUCGAGCAGAAGAGAAAUAAGUCCAGACUCAACGAGAAGCAUUACAAAGUUCACCACCGCCUGGCACCUCGCCUCACUGAAGACGAAGAAAUUGUUGAGCCCUUGAAGUACCAGAGGAAACUGUAUGGCGUGUAUGGUGCUGCCAGUGGCAUCAAUGUUGCUAAGCUAUGGCCCAGCAAGGAGGAGCUGGAGCUUGAGAAGGAAUAUGAGAAAGUUGCCAGGCCAUACACUGUCCAGGAGAUGAUCAGCAUGGCCAGGAAGGCUAAGGAGGAGGAGGAGGAAGCACGGCAACAGAGGCAAGCGGAUUUAAAACGCAAAAUGGCUAAACUAGAAGGCUGGAAGAAAGAGGUUCGAGACCGCAUACAGAAGCAGGAGAGGGAGGCACAGCUUGCCAAGGAGAAGAAGGAGAAGCUGAUAGAGGAGGUGCGUCAGAUCAUAGGCUUCCAGAUUGAUCCUAAAGACGAGAGGUUCAAGGAGGCACUGGAGAAGAAGGAACAGGAGGAAAAGAAGGCCAAGAAGGCGGCCAAGAAGCUGAAAAGUCAACAACGCUUGAUAGACCGUCUGAGGAGAGAGGCCGACCCCAUCCCUGCCUCAUCAGCCUCAAGUCAGGACUCAGGCAACAAAGAUCAACCUGAGGGUGAGGAAAGUGGCAUCUCCCCAGGCUCACCUAUUGUGUGAACCAAAGCAGGACCAGCACUGUAAGGGGAAGCAUUUUUAGCUUGAAAUGAUAGUACUCAAAAGAGGAGUGUAAAUUACUAUAUGAGGUGUUAUGAAAAAGCUUAUCCUGUACCUGUAGUUUAGUAAGUGUAUCCCUGUAUCUAAAUUUAAGGGAGAUGCCUUACUACAUGGAACAGACUUUGAGAGUUGCUAAGAUCAGGAAAGAUUGAUGAUUGCUGGUAUAGGGGAAGAGCAUCAAUUAAUCAUCAUCAGAGCUUAUAAUAAAAAUGUAAGGUUUUGAAUGAUUUACCAGAUUUAAUAAAUGCUGAGUUUCUUCCUCAUCAAGUUUACUGCAAUGAGAUCAGUUUUCCACAGUAUUUUAUCAAAGACAGAACAUCAAUAAAUAUUCAUCAUUUGUGCUGAACAAGUAUUGAGUAUGCUUCUUACGUGUCGGGGGGGGCUCCACUCACACAGCUCUCUCGGACAGAGUGGAGUCUAAUGGCCAUGCCAUAAGGCAACCUCUUCGACUGUAGAACCUCUUCGGCCAUUUUGUCCUACCAUAAUACUCAAAGGCCUUUUUCUGAAGGGAAAGUGAGGGUGUUGGAGAGCGAAAUUGUUGGAAUCUGACAAGGGGUUGAGAGGCACAUCUUUGUCAGCCCCUUUGCAUAUUUUAUGCAUGAAGCCUGUAUUUCUUUCAUUAAUGUAGUAGCAAAUGAACCAGAAAUUAUAAGAAAAUUUAUUUGAUCUAAUAUGAAUCGGCAAAAAAAAUUUUUAAAUGAUUUAAAAUGUUGUUAAAGACUUUAUGGUUGUAUCAUGAUUUUUAACCCUUCCUAUGUCAACACACCUGCUUGAUUAACUCAACCAGGUAGUCUUUUGCUAUAGCUCCGAUGGGGCUCGAUCACUUUUCUAAUGGCCCCUUGCUUGACGGAAUGGUAGCGAGGGGCUAUGCUAUGUAUGCAAUCAUACCUAUGUAUAUUUUUACCAUUCAAUCAACUGUUUUAUUUGUGAUUAUACAUCAAAAAAUAAGUAUAAUCACACUAAUUUAUGCAAAAUGCUUCAAUUAUCAAGAUUUCCAUGUAGAGGUGUUUGCAGAAGCUACCAACCCAACUAGAAGAACCUUUAAUGAAGGAAGGGGUCGAGGUCAAGUUAUAGUGCCCAACAGAAAGGGGACACCGUAUGAGGGAAAGGGAAGAGGAAGGUGGUGGGGGAGAUGUAUGGCACGGCCGUAAGGCUCUUCAUCUCAUCAGCUCCCCUCCUCUUACUGAUAGUCUUUUACAUCUUAAAUUCCGCCGCCAUGUUGCAUCUCUUUCUAUCUUCUCGAUAUUUUCAUGCUGACUGCUCUUCUGAACUUGUUAACUGCAUGCCUCCCCCAACUACACAAGACACUGGUAAACUCUGAAACAACCUUCCUUCAUUUGUAUUUCCUCCUGCCUAUGACUUGACCUCUUUCAAGAAGAAAUUGACCUCUCUUUUGGCCACUCUUUACUUUUCGUUUUGUGGGAGCAACAGUUAGCGGGCUUUUUUUACUACAUAUUCUUUUUGUUGCCCUUGAGUUGCUCUCUGUGCUGUAAAAAAAAUGUUUCUGUGAUGUCUGUUUGAAGAUGUGACAGUUUUAUCAAAAUAUCAGAAAACUUUGAUUUGAGCUUGGUUUUGUAUAAAUGUAAAUGAACUGUA